UCACGGGUGCAGUCACCGCCGCCCUCUCGCCCCGUCCCCGUCUCACCACCCUCUCCUCGCUUUCUCUGCUCCCAAGAAAAGAAUACAACAACCGCGGGAGCCACGAGGCUCCCCCGCCCCACAAAUCCAUCCCCCCGAGUCGAACCAUCGAUCGAGAGAGGGCGAGCGAAUCGGAGCGGAGCGACCCUCGUCCGUCGAUGCUAUGCAGUAUCACGCCUACAACCGCCUGGGGAGCGGCGGGGGCGGGGGCGGCGGCGGAGGGGGGACGCCGUCUCCGCCGGCGUCACCGCGGAGGUCGCCGAGGAUCCACCGGAGGGCGGGGAAGGGCGGAGGCGGGGGUAGGGCGGCGCAGGGGGCGCCGCGCACCAUUGCGCAGCGGAUGGCGUGGAUGCUCCUCUCCUUCCUCCUCCGGCGUCAGGCCAUCUUCCUCUUUGCGCCGCUAUUGUACGUCGCCGCAAUGCUCUUCUACAUGGGCACCGUGCCCAUCGACAGCGUGCCCCGCAUCAUCUCCCGCUCCGCCCCCGGCUCUGUCUACCGGAGCCCCAAGCUUUACGAGCGCCUCCGCCCCGUCAUGGAUGCCGAUAACUCCUCCGACGGGUUAGCAACUGUGUGGAAGCACUCUUUCAAAGGUGGCGGGUGGCGACCCUGUAUACACACAUCUAAUGAUGCUUUGCCUGAUUCAAAUGGCUACAUAUAUGUUGAGGCAAAUGGUGGCUUGAAUCAACAGAGGACUUCUAUAUGCAAUGCGGUUGCGGUAGCAGGAUAUCUGAAUGCAACACUUGUUAUUCCUUAUUUCCACUAUCACAGCAUUUGGAGAGAUCCUAGCAAAUUCAAUGACAUCUACGAUGAGGAUCACUUCGUCAAUACUUUGAAAAGUGAGGUGCAGGUAGUUCAUCAGGUUCCUGAAUAUAUAAUGGAGCGAUUUGGUCACAACUUGAGCAAUGUGUUUAACUUCAAGAUAAAAGCUUGGUCCUCUAUUCAGUACUAUAAGGAUGCUGUUCUUCCUAAGUUGGUAGAGGAAAAGUUUAUCAGGAUAUCUCCUUUUGCAAAUCGGUUGUCAUUUGAUGCUCCUUCCACGGUACAGCGCCUAAGAUGCUUGGCAAAUUUUGAAGCAUUACAGUUUUCAAAUCCUAUAGCAACUUUGGCUGAAAACUUGGUCUCUCGAAUGAAAGAACACAGUAAAGAUAAUGAUGGGAAAUAUAUUGCAGUGCAUCUUCGUUUUGAAGAGGAUAUGGUUGCCUUCUCUUGUUGUGUAUUUGAUGGUGGUGAAGAAGAGAAACAGGAGAUGAAUGCUGCAAGAGAGAGAGGUUGGAGAGGAAAAUUCACUAAACGUGGUCGUGUCAUUCGACCUGGGACAAUUAGGAUAAAUGGAAAAUGUCCGUUAACACCUUUAGAGGUUGGUUUGAUGCUCCGCGGCAUGGGCUUCGGUAACAAUACUGCAAUUUAUUUGGCUUCUGGAAAAAUUUACAAAGCCGAGAAGACUAUGGUUCCGCUUCUUGAAAUGUUCCCCCUUCUACAAACUAAAGAAACAUUAGCAUCAACAGAGGAACUUGCUCCAUUCAAGAACUAUUCCUCCAGGAUGGCUGCAAUAGACUACAGCGUGUGCCUUCACAGUGAAGUAUUUGUGACUACUCAAGGUGGAAACUUCCCUCAUUUUCUGAUUGGCCACAGGAGAUACUUGUAUGGUGGGCACUCUAAGACUAUCAAACCUGACAAGAGGAAGCUAGCAUUAUUGUUUGACAAUCCAAACAUAGGAUGGAAGUCCUUGAAGCGGCAAUUACUAAAUAUGCGAGCUCACAGUGAUGCGAAGGGAAUGGAGAUGAAAAGACCAAGUGACUCAUUAUACACAUUCCCGUGCCCUGACUGCAUGUGCCGCUUAAACAAAACAGAAGUUUCAAAGUCUUCCUCGGCUCGAUAGUAUCGGUUCAGGAAAUUUUGGCUAAACAUUUGAAAUGAUUCACCUGAUAUUGAAAUUGGUGCAUCAUCCAUUCUUUCAUUGGAUUCUUAAGAAAGCACAACGUCAUUCCAAGUUGGCAGCCUCCAUUAUUUUGAGCGCGUAGUUGCUAAUCUUUACAGCCUGGGAUUACUAGAUUUUGUAUAGUUGAUUUGUUGAUUGAAGGGAACCUCGUCAUUGUUUCCCGGGCGCUGACUGACACUUGGACUUGCAUCCACAACCUCUGGUACCGAAGCCUGGAAGCCGUAUUGGUGCUCAGCGUCAGCAGAGGCUUGUACAUUACUCGAAUUCUUAUUCACUUAAUAUGCAAAUAUUUGCAUAGAGGGCAAAUCUGGAGUCAUCCAACAUGUGGGACAGCAAAACCUUUUGUCUUUCUCUGUUGUAGCUUGAUCUUAUUCUUUGAACACUUGGAUGUCAUCCUUGUUUUGUCUAGCUUUAGGAUACUCACCUCACGUGGAGGAGGAGGUAAGAAGAAAAAUCACUGUAUGGGCAUGUGAGGUUAUUCAAAGUUUUCCUCAUUGUUUUCAGUUUUUGGUUAUGUAAUUAAUGACAAAACAUUUGGCUGCUAACUGAUGAGAAUGCUUCGAGCAGAGGAGU